GCGGUUAAAAACCUCCGAGCCAUGUUCGAGCAGAAGGGGGAAACGAGCCCCCCGGAAAGAGGCAGGUCGCCUGGCAUUCCACACGGUCCCGACUCCCCGAGACCGCUCUCCAAAGUUCGAACGAGCUUCGUAGCGAUUGAGAAGGAUGGUAGGAUCGGCCUUCAGCGCGAGGGAAGCCAGGACUCGAUCUCUGCCAUCCGGAAACUCAGCGGCGACAGCAACGCGGUGAUGACGCCCACGGCUGGGACGCCCACUGCUGGGAGUGAGAAGUCGAACCCCUUCGAGGGUGUACUUAGAUCACCUGCAAGGAUGAGUCUCAGGACCCAACCCAUCUUCGAGUCACCGAAAGCGGAUUCUCCCAAACCAGAUGUAGCGCUGCCGGCCGAGGAGCCACAGAGCGUGAAACAGGUCACUGUGCCUGCUUCUGAUGCACAGUCCAAGGUGUCGACACCGAAUGGAGAGGUCACCAAGGAAGGCCCCUCUGGGAGUGCCGGGUCACCAGAGGGUGAAGCGGUAAAGACGAACGGAGCAGAAAGCGGCAAGGAGCCACAGAAGACAGCUGAGCAGGAGUCCAGCAAGCCCGCCACACGCACCACGAAGUCGGCACCAAAGCCGCUCUCCGUUCCUUUAGGGGGGAAGUCUGCAACGAAAGCAGAGAAGUCCCCGACUGCGCACAAAGGCCCCAGGACCCCUCCUGCGACAUCAGCCCACCAUCCUGCCCCCAGGAAGACACCUGAGAAGAAAGCCCAGCCACUGGAGAACCCCGUAACCCCUCAGACUACCGCCGCCUCUGCAAAGCCCUCGGGCCCAUCGUCGAUCAAGAAACCACCGUCGCUUCAGUCGUCCCCUGCGCAUACCACCUUCGUUAAACCCAAGCCCAAGUCCCCGACACGUCCCAUCAAACUCCCUCCGAGCUUGACCACGCAUACGGCCUCGUCUGGUUCGAAGGUCAACGUACCCCGCCAGUCAUUGUCUCGUACAGGGAGUAGAGCUCCCUCUUCGAUGUCCCGUGCCAGCGGCAGAGCCUCCUCUGUCGGCCCUCAAGGACGCCCUGCAAGUAGAGCCAGCGGUUCCACUGCCGGAGGCACCCAUAACGCAGCUCCGUCCAAAGGUCCUCUCCGGCAAAACUCGACCACUAGCCGGGCUCGCCCAAGCCUAGGACCACCCCCGAAACAAUCUGCUAAGGAGCAUCCGCCGACUAAGAGUGAGAAGGAAGUGGAUCAGAGCUUCCUUGCGCGUAUGAUGCGCCCAACCAAGGCGUCUGCUUCCAAGGUAGCCGAAAGGGUGCACACCAGUCCACCCCGCAAAGCCGCUGCAGGAUCGAAGAAAGCUGCUACCGCGAAGCCUAUCAAGAAGAUCGUCCCUAAGUCUACCGGGAUUGCCGCUUCUUCGAAACAGGCCCAAGGUUCAGCUGCUGAUGCUGACAACACCACAGCGGAU